AUGAAUAUUAUGAUUCAUUCAAUGUAUUUAAAGAUUCCAAAGAAAAAGAAAGAUAUAGAUAUCAGAAAUGUGGAAAUAAUUGGGCUAAAAAUAAAACAAGAUUACAAGAACAUUAUAAAUCUUGUGUUUUAGUGGAUAGUAUAAAAGGUACAAGUUCUUCUAGAGCUAAAUAUCAAGCUAUGGCAAGAUCUAUUUUAGAAAAAUAUAAAGAAAUUAUAUUAUAUUUUAGAUUAUAUCAAACUAUUUUGGCAGUUUUUCAUUAUCUUCAAAUUGAAAAGUAUGGAAAGCAAAUUGAAUUAGUUUCAAUAAUUGAAACACAUUGGGAAGAAAUUAUAUGGCUAGCUGGAUUAGAAAAUGAAAAUAAAGUUUUAUUAGAAUUUGCAGAAUUUGUUGGAGAAAAGCUUCUUAAUAAUACUGCGAAUAAGCUUCAAACCAAGACUAUAAAAACUUUACAAAGUGCAAAAACUAUUACUCUUACCUUCGAUGGUUGGAAAAAUAUUGCAAAGCAAAAUAUUUUUGGCAUUACUUGUAUUACAAAAGAAGGUGAAGUAAUAAUAUAUAAUGCAAGAGAUAUUUCAAAUGAACAUAGCUCCAUAGAGGCUACAAUAAAAUUGGUAAAGAAUUUAUUAAUAGAAGAUGAAUUAAAAGAUGCUAAGAUUAUUGCAGUUGUCACAGAUUCAUCAAGUGGAUAUGCUGCUAUAUAUCGCAAAUUAAGAAAAGAAUUAUCAAUAAUAAUUUGGCUAUCUUGCUUUGCUUAUUAG